UGUAUCGGUAUAACACAUUCGUUGCGUUCCCAAUCCAUCAUGAAGACCCAGGUGUUCCUCCUCUUGGUCAUAUUGGCCUCCCUCCUGGGAAUGGCUGUCUCCCAGAAUAGAACUGAAGCGGAAAGGCAGAAAACUCAGGAGGAAUUUGAAAAGUGGUGCAGAUUGGGACACGGCUUUGGUGGCAAAUGCAGAAAAUAAGCAUAUUGUUGUUAUAAUAAACAAUUGGGAUUGUUAAGAUCCGCCAAUGGUGCAAGCAAA